GGGCCUUAGGGAGGGGCCUGGCCCCAACGAUGUGACUUCCGUAACACUGCAAACACAGAAAGACAAAGUCCAUUUGGAUGGAAGUGGGAGCGGAGUGAGAGGGGCCAUUUUGACGCCGUGGUCCAAGGAAGUGACUGGGCUGCCGAGCCGGGGAGCCGGGGCGCCCGGGGUCUAAGGAUAACUCUGGGGCCAUGAUGGCCAUGAUUCUCACAGAGGACCCCAGAUUUCUGCACUCUGAGCAAUGUCAGAUGUCGCCAGACUUGUUCUGAGACCUUUUCCCUGAAGGAUGGCCAAGGGGCUCCUGGUGACCUAUGUCCUCUGGGCUAUUGGGGGCCCUGCUGGGCUGCACCACCUGUACCUGGGCAGGGACAGCCAUGCACUGCUCUGGAUGCUUACCCUGGGAGGUGGUGGUCUGGGCUGGCUCUGGGAGUUCUGGAAGCUCCCAAGCUUUGUAGCUCAGGCCAACAGGGCCCAGGGACAGAGGCAGAGUUCAGGACGGGGGACACCCCCUCUGAGUCCCAUUCGCUUUGCUGCCCAGAUGAUAGUGGGCAUCUACUUUGGCCUCGUGGCUCUCAUUAGCCUUUCCUUCAUGGCCAGCUUCUAUGUUGUGGGCCUCCCACUGGCAGUUGGCUUAGGAGUUUUGCUGGUGGCUGCUGUUGGCAACCAGACUUCAGACUUUAAGAACACACUAGGGGUGGCGUUUCUUACUUCCCCUAUCUUCUAUGGCCGCCCCAUAGCUAUCCUGCCCAUCAGCUUGGCGGCCAGCAUCACAGCCCAGAAGCAUCGCCGCUACAAAACUUCAGUUGGGUCAGAGACACUCAGUGUGCGGCUGUACCGUCUGGGCUUAGCUUACCUUGCGUUCACGGGCCCGCUAGCAUACAGCACCCUCUGCAACACAGCUGCCACCCUCAGCUAUGUGGCAGAGACCCUUGGCUCCUUCUUGAAUUGGUUCAGCUUCUUUCCCCUCCUUGGCCGUCUCAUGGAGUCUGUCUUCCUCCUGCCUUACCGUGUCUGGAGGCUGCUGGUGGGGACUCUUGGCUUCAGCAGUGGCUACUUCCAGGAGUGGGAGAAGCUCUAUGAGUUUGUUCACAGUUUUCAGGAUGAGAAGCGGCAGCUGGCUUACCAGGUUUUGGGUCUCUUAGAGGGGGCAACAAAUGAAGAAAUACAUCAGAGAUACCGGAAACUGGUGAAGAUCUGGCACCCUGACCACAACCAGCACCAGACAGAAGAGGCUCAGAGGCACUUCCUGGAGAUCCAGGCUGCAUAUGAAGUCCUGAGUCAGCCCAGGAAGCCCAGGGGAUUCUAGAGGUGAGCCAUCUUUUGCUACAAAGAACAAAAACCAACAAGAAGUCCUGUCUUGGUGAGAACCCGCCGUUCAUCUCAUAUCCCUCUAAAUCUUCCCUUUUCCAGAUUAAACAUCACCUUGAUUAAGGAAGCACUGCAGUGUGUUAGAAAGACCACAGAUGGAGAAGCGAGGAGACAGGAUUCUGCUUCUGCCUCUCGGUGACCAGAGGGCUGACUUUGUAUGAGUCACUUCACUCUGGGCCUCAGGGUUUUCCAUGCAGCGUGAGGAAGUGGGACUUGGAUGACUUCUAAGAUUGCUUUCAACACUGGAUUCUGGGUUCUUUUUUGCCCAGCCUUACGUUAAAUGGCUUGGUUUGUCAUCUUUUGUGUGCCCUGUUGUGGACACUGUCUUGUGAAGGAAAGAAAAUAGGUAAUGGCUUGAAGAACAAUGUAAUGGUCACCAUCGCCCCCCAAUAAAAAAUCCACCUCUGUCA